CUAAUAGUAAUUCAUUAAGCCAAUUAGAGCAACAACUUUUACUUGAAGAGCGGCAAUUAGAAAUUGAAGAAAGAAGAGAAAAACUUCGAGAAGUAAAGCUUCACAAUUAUGAAAAAGCAUGUGAAUUAGGUAUUGAGAAAGAGCUUGGAUAUGAAAAUUAA